AUGCCCCCAAAAGCGCCCUCGCUUGCGCUCCUGCAAGUUUUCUCUCCAGCACUACGACACGACUUCCUCGUUCCCCAAUCCAUAUCACCACAAUGCGUCCGAACAAUACGCAACACCGCGGCGCGGGUACGAAAGAAGGCCGAACACAUUGGGUGGAUGCCACGGGAGAAGUACGCCAAAAUUACCAGUCUUGACAAGCUGCAUCGAAGACAGCGCGACCAAAGGGUACAGCAGCGCCUCGAUUCCCAGCAGCGCGCCACGGGCAUGAUCUUUGCGCCCACGCCGAUCGCACGCAGUCCGAUGUCCACUGCUGCCGCUCCCGUGCCGGAGUCACCAACGGCCGCACCAGCAGCAGACGCCCUGUUCUCAUCCACGUCUACAUCCACACCCGCGCCCACACCGACGCCAACACCCACCAGCCCGGAAACCACCGCACCCUUCCAACCAAACCCCGGCCCCACCCCAACAACCCUCCCCUUCAAACUCCCCUACCUAAUCACCCGCACCAAAUCCCUCAACCUCCCCGUCUACGAACAAACCAAAGGCGGCGGCACGUCCCAACUCACCAUCAUCCGCAAAAUCACCGGCGACAUCCCUACCUUCCAGCGCCACAUCCACCAGGCCCUGUUCCCAAGCGAGAGCGAGGAUUUCAAGGACAAGCGGGGACGGAAGAAGAAGUGGGUGAGCUUGAACGAGAAUACGGGGCACGUGGUGGUUCGGGGCUGGAGGGGGGCGGAGGUUAAGCGGUGGUUAGAGCUUGGUGGGUUUUAA